UCCGCCGCCGCCCUCGGGCCCGGUGCGGGUCCGGGCCCGGGCUCGGCCUCGGCCUCGGCCCACCGGUCUCAGGGAGGAUGGGGCAACCGCGGAGGCCGACCAACGGCAGCGGCCCGGCAGCGCCAUGACCGGCGAGAAGAAGAAGAAGAAGCGGCUCAACCGCAGCGUCCUGCUGGCGAAGAAGAUCGUCAUCCGCGACGGGGCCGGCCGACAGGGGAUUGGAGAGCCCAGCGUCUACCACGCCGUGGUGGUGAUUUUCCUGGAGUUCUUUGCCUGGGGGCUGCUGACCACACCGAUGCUCACGGUGUUACACCAGACUUUUCCUCAGCACACUUUUUUGAUGAACGGCCUGAUUCAUGGAGUCAAGGGUCUGCUCUCUUUCCUAAGUGCCCCACUGAUUGGUGCUCUCUCUGAUGUCUGGGGCAGGAAAUCCUUCCUCCUCCUCACUGUCUUCUUCACCUGUGCGCCCAUUCCCCUUAUGAAGAUCAGUCCGUGGUGGUAUUUUGCAGUCAUUUCCAUGUCUGGAGUCUUUGCUGUCACCUUUUCUGUGAUUUUUGCCUACGUUGCUGACAUCACACAGGAGCAUGAGCGCAGCACGGCCUACGGCCUGGUGUCGGCCACCUUUGCUGCCAGUCUGGUCACCAGCCCAGCCAUCGGGGCCUACCUCUCCCAGGCCUACGGCGACACGCUGGUGGUGGUGCUGGCAUCAGGGGUUGCUUUGCUGGAUAUUGGCUUCAUCCUGCUGGCUGUGCCCGAGUCUCUGCCGGAGGAGAUGCGCCCGGUCUCCUGGGGAGCUCCAAUCUCUUGGGAACAAGCCGACCCAUUUGCUUCCUUGCGGAAAGUGGGUCAGGAUUCUACAGUGCUGCUCAUCUGUAUCACCGUCUUUCUCUCCUACCUUCCUGAAGCUGGGCAGUAUUCCAGCUUUUUCCUGUACCUGCGGCAGGUCAUUGGUUUCUCCUCAGAGACUGUGGCAGCCUUCAUCGGUGUAGUUGGAAUUCUCUCUAUACUGGCUCAGACAGUAGUGUUGGGAAUUCUCAUGCGUUCGAUAGGAAAUAAAAACACCAUCCUGUUGGGACUAGGCUUCCAGAUCCUGCAGCUUGCCUGGUACGGCUUUGGAUCACAGCCUUGGAUGAUGUGGGCAGCAGGAGCUGUGGCUGCCAUGUCCAGCAUCACCUUCCCGGCCAUCAGUGCCAUGGUGUCGAGGAACGCGGAUCCCGACCAGCAGGGUGUGGUGCAGGGGAUGAUCACUGGGAUCCGGGGGCUGUGUAACGGCCUGGGGCCGGCGCUCUAUGGAUUUGUCUUCUAUCUGUUCCACGUGGAGCUGAAUGAAAUGGCUGAGGUGGAAACUUUGGGUAAGGCCUCCAAACCCAACAUGGCCAACCCUACAGAUGAGAGCAGCAUUAUCCCGGGGCCUCCCUUCCUGUUUGGGGCUUGUUCUGUCCUGCUGUCGCUCCUGGUGGCCUUGUUCAUCCCAGAACACAACCUUGCCCUGAGGUCGGGCAGCCACAAGAAGCACAGUAACGGAGCCCAGAGCCACCCACGCAGCCCGCAGGCUGCGGGGGCAGAUGGCAAGGAGCCCCUGCUGGAGGACAGCAGUGUGUGAGGCUGGGGCAGGAUGUGGCUGGCAUCUCCUCCAGACCAAGGACAGACUGAGCCAGUGGGAGCCCAGGGAGAGAGGGCGGGGGGAGAGAAGAAAAGAGGUGACAGACCGUACCACAAACAGCUAAUGAGGAGGGAUGGUGUUUCCCUUCAAGCCAAAUAUUCCCAGCUGGUGCAGAAAUGGAAUUGUGUCAUCUGGUGCUGAUGGAGAGGGGAGAUGCUGAACUGCUCCAAGUGAAGGGAUCAUUCUUUGGAGCAAACCUCUGGUACGUGAACCCUGAAUAUCGUGGUGUGACCUGCCAAGCACUCAACUCAGCAGCGGCAAAUCCAGGAGAUGGCCUGGUCUGCUCUGAGCUGACGGGGCUGCCAGCAGGAACCAAAGCAGGCACCUGCACGUGUCCCUGUCCCUGGCACCACUGGUACCUGCUACCACGGCUCAACCGGGACCGGCCAGUCCUGGGCUGGGGAAGGGACUGAGGCAGGAGGGUGUGAGGGUGGGAAGAGCAGCCAGGGUCCUGCUGCUUGAGGGUCUGAAGAAUUUGCCCAUUCUGGCCCAAGUGAAACUUAGACCAAAAAAAAAAAAAUAAUCUACUGACUUAAUGUUCUCAUGAAGAUAAGAAAAUCCAUAGGUAGUGGGUAGAAGGAUUUUUCAGAAACCUUUUUCUGGAACUAUAAGGGUUGUACAAAAAAUACAGUUCUUGAGACAUUGGAGAAACAACUAAACUCUGCUGAGCACUUUAUAAAGUGUGUUUCCUGAAAGAGGGGUCCAAGAAAUAGCUGCUUAUCUUGAGCACUUUUAUAAAGCACGUUGAUUCUUCCCCAGGCUGUUGCCAUCUGAUAUGAAAACCAGAUAAUGACUGUACCUUCUUUUUUUCUCUGUCCAAAAAGAUCCUGAUGGUGAUGAUUGCAAUUGGUUUGAACUUAAAGGUUGAAAAACAGAAUUGCAAAUUCUGCUGCAGGGUUUGACUCUGUUCAAAAAGAGCAGCAGAUGCUUGAACUUGAGUGUUGUGAAAGGAGCUAAGUCAAAUGUAUGGGAAAUGUCUGGUUGUUUAUAGAACACAGAGAUACAGCAGAGGGCAGGAAACAAUUGUUCUAGUUUGAGUGAGAUCACUGAGCAGUCAUGGGAAAGUAAAGGCCAAACUGGGAACACUUAAGUAAUUUAAGGGAAUUGAGGAUACAGUGGCCAAAAAGAGUCCUGUCUCAGAGCAGGUAUGUGCAAAGUUGUCAUUCCCUGGCUGGGAUCCCUUCUCUGUAGGAUUGGGAUGGGUAACUUUGGGGAGAAAGGCCACAGGGGAGAGCACUACCAGUGUUUUGGGGUGAUUGCAACCACUGUCUGCCUAGACUGGGCUGAACUCAUGAUACAGUGUUUGUUUGCCAGUUGUCUGGACCAGUUAGUUGUGGAGGUGGACAUUUGAGUGAAAUAAUUCAGUUUGUUUUGUGUUAAUCUCUCCUGGGACCAGACCCUGUGGGUUGUCUGUGCUGAGGGCAGCCUGGACACUGGGAUUUACUGGUGUGGAGCUGAUUGCAGGAUUGAAGAAUGGGAGCAGAGAGUCCUGGUGACCUGCGGUGACUCCAGUUUUCCUGAGCUCAUUGUGGUGAUGCUCCAGAUUCCUGAACAAUACCGGGGUGGCCUGUGCUCUGCGUGCACAGCACGCUGCUUUCCCAAGGAAAACCAGUCACUUCAAUUUCCCGACAGCAAUCCCAGCUCUGUGUUGCUCACAAAAAUGCCUUUUUUAGACUGAAGCUUUAGCAGGUACAUCUGGCGAUUCAUUCACUUACCCUCUGUUCAAAUGACCUGAGGGAGGUUUGUCCCUCACAUGCUGAUGGUGAAACGAACACCAGGUCGUGACUGGGCUCACUCUGAGGCACUUGGAGCUUCAUGGGUAGAACGUAGUGGAACGUUACAAGAAAGAUGAGCAUAAUUUAUAUGAUACAAAGUAUAUAGAGAUAUAUUUUUAAAAGUCCUUUCCUUUAUUGAAUAGUAUAUUGAAAUGAAUGUUUCCCUAGUCCUGUUCACUGUCAUGGCCACUGCUGCCUGCGGCACCUCAGCCUCUCUUUUUCCCUCAGAGAGCAGAACCAUCUUGGCCAGUUCCCUCCUCAUCACGGCGCGAUUCCCACAGUGCCAACAGCCCUGGCUCCCGAGUACUGGACCUGGAGAGUCUGGGUCCCUUCUCCAGCCCCAGGCUGCAGUCACAGCUGCGCUGUCAGGCUCCUGCUGGCACCGAUACCAGUGAGGGUGACCUGACCACGGUCCCUGUGGGGCUGGUACUGGGACACAGGGUCACCCCAGGCCCAGGGACCUGCUCUGGGCAGGGGGGCUCCCCGUGGGGCAAGGCUGCUCUCCUGCCCUAGAGCUGUCACUUGUUUUGAUGCCAGGAGCAGGCAGGGAUUCCUUUCCAUGGUCUUGGAGUUCCUUUCACCUGGUUCAGGGGGCUCAGCUCCAGGUAGCCCCCCUCCCCAUCAGUGUAGGGAUGUGACCCUCCCACCGUUCUGCCUUCAAGUGACAGCAGAGAACUUGGGCCAAGUGGUGACAGAGCUAAAAUUACCAGACCCGAAUGAAGAAUGUCUCAUUCUGAAGGGCUGGUAAUUCUGCAGCAUCCCACAUGGAGACUGGAAAACCUGUAUGGAGCACUCAGCUAGUUUUGCCAAUUUUUGUUACUUUAUAUGAAAAUGCAACUUUUUUAAAAGAGCCUUUUCUUAAAAUCCCCUUGAUUUGCUGUGUAGUGUCUGAGCCUGGCUCUUUUAACAUCAGCUUUCCCAGAAUUUGUCUGCAGUGACUUGCAAUUCAGGUUGGUAACAGCAAAGCCCCCCAAAAACUGGCUCAUCUGCCCUCCUGCAGUUCAGCAUUGGUGGCAGCACUGCACGUGAGUUUAAACUGAUCUUGUCACAUCAAAAAACCUGCAUUAAAACAUUGCUUUUCUUUUGCCAUUACUUUUGCGAAACAGUAUCUUUUUAAUUCAAUGUUUUUUCUCCUUUUCUCCGUACUGGAAUGGCUGCUGACCUCUCUGAUGAUCCUCACCAGGCGUGGGCCUGUGACCUGCCCGGCAGCACCGCUGCUCUCCAGGUUACCAGCACCUGUGUUUCUGUAGAUCUCUUUUUUUUAAGCUAACAAUUAAAUGUAUUUAUUUCAGUUCAGGUUGUGUUUAGAACUGGCUAAUCUCUCCCUCUGAUGGAUUAUUUAUUAAACUGCUGCUUUCCUGUUGUGUUGGA